AUGAGCCAGAAUAUUAAUAUAGGUGACCGUCUCUCCUUUGAUGGCGCGCCAUGUACCAUUCGAUACAUCGGCGACGUCGAAGGCACCAAAGGAGACUGGCUUGGCGUGGAAUGGGACGAUCCAUUUCGAGGCAAGCAUUCGGGCGAGCAUAAGGGGAAGAGAUAUUUCACGUGCAUCAGUAAUCAACCCACAGCAGGCUCAUUUGUGCGUCCUACUCGGCCCAUAGACAUCCCCCAAUCCUUUCUGGAAGCGCUUCACCAGAAAUAUGCAUCUGAGUUUGAAGAGGAGAUUGCAAAGCGGAAAGCUGUGAAUAAUGAUGCAGAAUUUCAGAUGAACGAUACCAUACAAUUUAAUGGUAAAGUUGUGGAAGAAGUUGGCUUUGAGAAGAUCAGAAAACAGCUUGCCGAGUUGCAAGAACUCAAGGUUGUUCUUCUUGAUGGGUUGAGAAUUGCAGGCGUUCUGGGGGAUGAUGGGCAAGCUGAGUCCAGAUACAGCGAAGAGCUGCAGAAGAUUGAACGAACGUGUCCCAAGAUUACGGAGUUGGAUCUUACUCGGAACCUGAUUUACCGUUGGCGGGAUGUUCAUGAUAUUUGCAAGCAACUGAAGAAAUUGAAGAGUCUGAAAUUAAAUGGAAAUCGAUUCGAGAAAGUCCAACCUGGCAUUGUGUUCAAUGGAAUCACGGAGUUACACCUGGAUCAGACAUUCAUGCCGUGGGAUGAGGUAUCUUCAAUAUCAGCUCAGUUUCCAGACCUGCAAUCCUUGUUAGCCUCAUCGAAUGGUUUGACUUCAAUAACGGCAACCCUACCGAUCGCUUUAAAGAGCGUGGUUCUCGAGAAUAACGACUUUACAUCUCUUUCUUCACUCAAAAUCCUGGCUGAGCUUCCAAAUCUCACGCGGCUGAUACUUCGCGGAAAUAAUAUAGACACGGUCUUUAAGGACAAGUCUACCUUUCAGUUCUCGCACACGCUAUCAUAUUUAGAUGUCUCACAUAACAAGAUAGACUCAUGGCUAUUCAUCAACGAUCUAGCUACAGCAUUUCCCGGGCUGGACUCCUUACGAAUAUCCGGAAAUCCGCUUCAUGACAGAGCUGUCGCCCCUAUGGGCGUGACAGGGUUACCCGAAAAGCCCAUGACAGUGGACGAGGCUUUUAUGCUGACUCUAGCUCGGCUGGAGAAUUUGACGUCUCUCAAUUACAGUAAAAUCACACAGCAAGAUCGGACUAAUGGAGAGUUGUAUUACCUUUCUUUGAUUGGAAAGGAAUUAUCUGCUUCUUCAGCCUCAGACGAGGCCAGAAUUCUUGCCACGCACCCGAGAUAUUCAGCUCUAUGUGAGAUAUAUGGCGUACCUACCAUUAUACGCAAAUCAGAAGGCUUUCAGGGGACGAAUAUCAAGCCAGGAUCAGUCGCUGCUCGAUUGGUGACAUUCGAAUUCUACCAAGUAUCAUCACCAGAUACCGCCGUCGACUUAACUAGCGAACCAGCGAGCCACUCGUGUCUGAUACCCAAGACAUUUGAUACAUAUAGAAUCAAGGGAAUCGUGUCUCAACUGUUCUCUCUCGCACCGUUGCGGUUUCGCUUGGUGUGGGAAACGGAGGAAUGGGAUCCUGUGGAGGAGUUUAACAUUUUAGGCGGAGAAGAAUGGGAUAGCGAUGAUGAAACCGAUAACAAAGCGGAAAAUCAAAAGGAGGGGAUACAGAACAAUGAUCGCAGUGAACCUACGGUCGUCAAAGCUGAUGGAAGCAAGUUUAUUCGGCGUGAAGUUGAGCUGGUUGACUCGACAAGACAAGUCGGGUUCUGGUUUGAUGAGAAUAUCGAUAAAGUACGGGUUCGGAUAGAGAGAUUAUAA